GCGUGACCCGCCGCCCGCGCGGGGCUUCACCGCAGGCAACACCGCCUUACCGCAGGGUAAACAACCUCACAUUUGAAGCUCAAGCCUUUUGCUACCCAAACUCACUCCAACCCUACUCCGGCUUCAUUUCCAGUUUCCGAUUCCAGCGAUAGAACUACAGGCCGACCGCACUAUUCGAGCUCGCGGUCCGUGCAGCAGCCAUGUCUGACGACGACGACUUUAUGCAAGACUCGGGCGAGGAGGAGUACGACUUCGAGUAUGAAGACGACGAUGACGAGCAGAGCGGCGAUGUCGAUAUCGAGAACAAAUACUACAACGCGAAGCAGCUUAAAACCGACGACCCCGAGGCAGCCAUAGACGAAUUCCUAGGCGUCCCCCCGCUUGAAGAGGAGAAGUCGGACUGGGGCUUCAAGGGACUGAAGCAGGCGAUCAAGCUGGAGUUCAAGCUCGCGCGCUACGACCAGGCGGUGGAGCAUUACAAGGAGCUUCUCACCUACGUCAAGUCGGCCGUAACGCGCAACUAUUCGGAAAAGUCGAUCAAUAACAUGCUUGACUUCAUCGAGAAGGCUGCAGAGGACACCGAGGCGUAUCGCUGCAUGGAGAAGUUCUACGCUUUGACUCUGGACAUCUUCCAGAGCACUAACAACGAGCGGCUAUGGCUAAAGACGAACAUCAAACUGGCGAGACUGUGGCUAGAUCGGAAAGACUACCGCCAGCUGACGGAGAAGCUUCGAGAGUUGCACAAAGCAUGUCAGAAGGAAGAUGGAACCGAUGACCCAAGCAAGGGCACAUACUCGUUGGAGGUCUACUCUCUAGAGAUCCUAAUGUACGCCGAGACCAGGAACAACAAGCGGCUAAAGGCACUGUACCAACGGGCGCUGAAGGUGAAGUCGGCGGUUCCACAUCCCAAGAUCAUGGGUAUCAUCCGAGAAUGUGGCGGCAAGAUGCACAUGAGCGAAGAGAACUGGAAGGGGGCACAGAGCGACUUUUUUGAGAGUUUCAAAAACUACGAUGAGGCUGGCUCGCUGCAACGGAUCCAGGUGCUGAAGUACUUGGUUCUCGCGACCAUGCUGUCGGGUUCGGAUAUCAACCCCUUUGACUCACAGGAGACGAAGCCCUACCAGAAUGAUCCCCGCAUCUCGACCAUGACGGACCUUGUCAAUGCCUAUCAGCGCGAGGACAUUCACGCGUAUGAGAAGAUUCUGCAGAACAACAAGGACCUUCUCCAGGACCCAUUCAUUGCGGAGAACAUUGAUGAAGUGACGCGGAACGUGCGCACCAAGGCCGUGGUCAAGCUGGUCGCACCCUACACCCGGUUCACGUUGGCCUUCAUCUCGAAGCAACUCAAGAUCUCCCUUCCCGAGGUCCAGGAAAUUGUGGGUUUCCUCAUCGUAGACAAACGGCUGCGCGGUAAGAUUAACCAGCAGAACGGAACGGUGGAGAUCGAGAGUAGUACCGACAUGGAUCGGGUGCAGGCGAUGAAGGAGUGGAGCGCGGCCAUUGGAUCCCUGUGGGCGACGGUUCUCAACGAGGGUGAGGGCUUCAAGUCGGACGAGAGUGGCUCGCAGUUCACACCUGGUGGUGGUGGUGGUUCGGGCGCCCACAGCAUGGGCUGGAAUCCAAGCGCGACGAGUGGAGCCAAAUCUGGGAGAGGAAAAGGCAAGGGCCCCUCGGGACGACUGCCGGGGGUCGCGAGCAAAGGAUGACUUGCAGCAUGGGUCACCAGUGGUUCACAAACGACCUCUGACUGGGUACUCGGGGAGGCCACGGGACUUUUGUAGUUACACGCUACCGUCACUGAGGGCUUUUGUCCACCUGAAGGAUUGAGACAUGCGGACUAGGUUCCCUCGAGCGAGCAGCAGGGUUGGACGAU